AACCGGAAAGUCACCGCGUACCCCUCACAUAAAACAAUGAGGGCGGGUCCUGGCAAAGGAAGCCACGCUGACUGCGCAUCUCCUGAGUGUCCGCGUCGCUCCUCCAGCUCGGCCAGAUGUCCACUCUCCCUCAGAAGGAAUCCAGGGCACCUACCACCUGUGUGGGCCUAGCCUCCACACAGGGCCUGGACAGCAACUGUGGCGAUGGUCUGGAAAGGGAAUGCUCCAGAAAACUAGGCCAGAAGCUGCCGGAGCUCUGUGGAGUGGGCGAUCCCACCACCACGUUCUCCUCUUACAGCUCCCACCUGUCCUCCAGAGGAAGCAUCAUUAAAUGGUUUUGGGACACAGCUGAGGAGGGCUACAGGGGCUACCUCAUGGAUGCGUAUGAUGAGGAUAAGAACCCCAAGGGCACCAUUAACUUGGGUACCAGUGAGAACAAGCUCUGCUUUGACCUUCUGUCCUGGCGGCUGAGUCAGAGUGACAUGCUGCGGGUGGAGCCGUCCCUGCUGCAGUACCCUGACUGGAGGGGACAUUUAUUCCUCAGGGAGGAAGUAGCCAGGUUCCUGUCUUUCUACUGCAAGAGCCCUUCACCCCUUAAACCAGAGAACGUGGUUGUUCUGAAUGGCUGUGCCUCUCUCUUCUCUGCUCUGGCCACCGUGCUGUGUGAGAUGGGGGAGGCUUUUCUGAUCCCUGCCCCUUACUAUGGAAGCAUCAAGCAGCAUGUGUAUCUCUAUGGCAACGUCCAACUGGUCUGUGUCUCUCUGGACAGUGAGGUCACUGAGCUAGGCACACGCCCCUUCCAGCUCACAGUGAAGAAGCUGGAGAAGGCCCUGCAAGGAGCUAAUUCUGAGGGUGUGAAGGUCAAAGGUCUCAUCCUCGUCAACCCCUGGAACCCUCUGGGUGACAUCUAUUCCCCAAGAGAGCUGCAGGAGUACCUGGAAUUUGCCAAGAGGCAUGAGCUGCACGUGUUGGUGGAUGAGAUCUACAUGCUGUCCGUGUUUGAGGAGUCAGUUAGGCAUCACAGCGUCCUAGGCCUGGAAAGGCUGCCUGACCCCCAGAGGACCCACAUGAUGUGGUCCACCAGCAAGGACUUCGGGAUGUCCGGGCUCCGCUUCGGCACGCUGUACACGGAAAACAAGGAAGUGGCCACUGCAGUGGCUUCCCUCUGCCGCUAUCACGGCCUCAGUGGCCUGGUCCAGUACCAGAUGGCACAGCUGCUCCGGGACCAUGACUGGAUCAACCAGGUGUACCUGCCAGAGAGCCACGCCCGGCUCAAGGCCGCCCACGCCUAUGUCUCUGGAGAGCUCAGGGCCCUGGGGAUCCCUUUCCUGAGCCGUGGGGCAGGCUUCUUCAUCUGGGUUGAUUUGAGGAAGUAUCUGCCUGAGCUCACCUUUGAGGGGGAAAUGCUGCUUUGGCGCAAGUUUUUGGACAACAAGGUGCUGCUGUCAGCCGGCAAGGCCUUUGAGUGUAAAGAGCCCGGGUGGUUCCGCCUGAUCUUCUCAGACAAGGCCCACCGGCUUCGCCUGGGGAUGCAGAGGGUCCGGCAGGUGCUUGAGAGCCAAUCCCAGAAGGCAGAAGACCCCUCUUCCUGUCAGACCCAAGAGCCCAGAGGCUAGCACAGGUGAGCUGGUCAUUGCCUCGUGGCCGCUGGGCCUGGCAGCCACUGCCGACUUGGGUCUUCAGAGCUGCAAAGACUGACUAUGAAUGAGCCAUUUGCCAGGAAGAUUGCCUCGCCCGUGAAGAAGAAUGGUUUGUUCCUUGCUUCUUUUGGUGGGACUGGGAGACUCCUUAAGUUGUGGCUCGACCUGACCAUUCCCCUCCCCCUCUAUUAAACAAAACUGGGAGAAACCAGAAGCCUCUGUUAUGAGUGAUUUACAGAAUGGAGGAGUCGUGACUGCCCUCAGCCCCCUGCAGACAUGAAGACGAACAACCUGUACCUCCUUUUUAGUAGCACUUUUGUUCUUCCUCCUUUGCUGCCAGGGAAACAAGUCUAAGGAACAACACAUGAGGAAGUAUGCCCCCCAAAUAAAAAAGAGUGAUAAUUUCCAAACUA